AUGGGCUGCUCUUUAUCUGCCGGGCGUUUGGGCUUCGGGCCAUCAGAUUGGUUGCUCGCACAUACCUACACAAUCAGUCCAACCAAAGUGGUGUCCAAAGCGUUGACCGUCCAUACAUUAACCGGCCACGUGGGUGUUCUGCAUCUGUCUGCCGUGCAGGAGUUUGCCACCCUGACAAAGGAGCUGAACAUAUGCAGGGAACAGCUGCUGGAGAAAGAGGAGGAAAUAUCCGAGCUGAAAGCCGAGAGGAACAACACCAGGCUGCUGUUGGAGCACCUGGAGUGUUUGGUGUCUCGUCACGAGCGCAGCCUGAGGAUGACAGUGGUAAAGAGACAGGCACCCCCGCCAUCUGGAGUCUCCAGCGAGGUGGAGGUCCUCAAAGCUCUGAAGUCGCUGUUUGAACACCACAAGGCUCUGGAUGAAAAGGUGCGUGAGAGGCUUCGGGUGGCUCUGGAAAGGGUGGCCACCCUUGAGGGACAACUAGCAUCUUCCACACAAGAGUUGAACAUGGUAAAGCAGAGAAAGGAUGGUGACUUUGAGCGAACAGAUGGAUCCAAACCUACAUGGAAGGUCUUCCUGGCUAGAUUACCCAAUGGUUCUAUAGAUGCCCACGAUGAUGGCAGCCGGGUGUCUGAGCUCCAGGAGCUGCUGGAUCGGACCAAUAAGGAGCUCGCUCAGAGCCGCGAACAUUCGGCCACCCUUAACGCCCGCAUGGCCGAUCUCGAGGCUGAGCUCACCAACGCCCGCCGAGAACUGAGCCGCAGUGAGGAGCUCUCAAUCAAACAACAAAGAGAGCAGAGAGAGAGAGAGGACAUGGAGGAGAGGAUAACAACAUUAGAGAAGCGCUAUCUGGCUGCACAGCGGGAGACAACACACAUCCACGACCUAAAUGACAAACUCGAGAAUGAGCUGGCAACCAAGGACUCCCUGCAUAGACAGAGCGAGGAGAAGGUGCGCCAGCUGCAGGAGAUGCUGGAGAUGGCAGAGCAGAGACUGGCUCAGACCAUGAGGAAAGCGGAGACACUGCCGGAGGUGGAGGCCGAGCUGGCACAGAGAGUUGCGGCUCUCUCCAAGGCGGAGGAACGGCAUGGCAACGUGGAGGAGCGGCUCAGACAGCUGGAGUCACAAUUAGAGGAGAAGAACCAAGAGCUAGCAAGGAAUUCCCUUAUUCAAGACCUCGAGAACUGCCAAAAACAGCUUGAAGAAUUCCACCACACAAGGGAACGGCUUAUUGGGGAGAUUGAUAAAUUGAGAAAUGAGAUUGACCAUUUGAAACGCCGGAGUGGUGCAUUCGGAGAUGGAACCCACCCUCGGUCUCACUUAGGCAGCUCCAGUGACCUCCGUUUCUCUGUGGUGGAGGGCCAGGAUGGCCACUACAGCACAACUGUGAUCAGGCGGGCACAGAAAGGCAGACUAUCAGCGCUGCGCGAUGACCCAAACAAGGUGUGUGCGAUGUUUGAGCAGGACUACCAAUCUCUGCGGGGGAGCGUGGGCCACCUCCUCGGUAGCGACAUUGAGGCAGAGUCAGACAUGGACGAUGACGUCAGCUCUGCCCUGCUCUCCCCCAGCGGUCAAUCAGAUGCUCAGACCUUAGCUCUCAUGCUGCAAGAGCAACUUGACGCCAUCAAUGAGGAGAUAAGGAUGAUUCAGGUAGAAAGAGAGUCAGCGGAGUUGCGGUCUGAUGAGAUCGAGUCCCGUGUAAAUAGCGGCAGCAUGGAUGGUCUUAACGUGACCCUUCGACCCCGGGCCCUUCCCACCUCUGCCACUGCCCAGUCCCUUGCCUCAUCUUCCUCCCCACCCACCAGCGGCCACUCCACACCUAAACAUCACGGACGCAACGCCAGCCACCAUCUUGGCAUCAUGACCCUGCCAAGUGACUUGAGGAAACACAGAAGGAAAGUAGCUUCUCCGGUGGAAGUGGACAAAGCUACUAUUAAGUGUGAGACAUCACCCCCCUCGUCCCCCCGCAGCUUACGACUGGAAACCAAUUUUGCCCAGUUCACAGGCAGCCUGGAGGAUGGGCGAGGCAAACAGAAAAAAGGUAUCAAGUCAUCUAUUGGUCGAUUGUUCGGUAAGAAGGAGAAGGGUCGGAUGGACCAGGCUGUCAGCAGGGAUGGACAGUCACUACCAGCUCUGACAGACUUUGAGAUGGGCAUCGGUGACACUAUGACUCUGGGAAAACUAGGCACUCAGGCUGAGAGGGACCGCAGGAUGAAGAAAAAACAUGAGCUUCUGGAAGAUGCCAGGAAAAGAGGGCUUCCAUUUGCACAAUGGGACGGUCCUACAGUUGUUUCAUGGCUAGAGCACAUCUAUGGUAACAACACGGGUGUAUGUGUUGAUUACUUUUACCAGCUGUGGGUGGGUAUGCCAGCCUGGUAUGUGGCAGCGUGCCGUGCCAACGUGAAGAGUGGAGCCAUCAUGUCAGCUCUGUCGGACACAGAGAUCCAGAGGGAGAUCGGCAUCAGCAACCCUCUGCAUCGACUUAAACUUCGUCUGGCCAUCCAGGAGAUGGUGUCCCUCACCAGCCCCUCCGCUCCACUCACCUCCAGGACGCAGUCCUCCGGAAAUGUGUGGGUGACUCACGAAGAGAUGGAGAACCUGGCUUCCUCCACUAAAGCGAUUAGCCCCUCUCUGCCUAAACUUGUGUGUUGUUUCCACCAUGCUGCCACUCAGGAGAAUGAGGAGGGCAGCUGGGCACAGACGUUGGCAUAUGGAGACAUGAAUCAUGAAUGGAUAGGAAACGAAUGGCUACCCAGCCUCGGCCUGCCUCAGUACCGUUCCUACUUCAUGGAAUGUCUCGUUGAUGCACGAAUGCUGGACCACCUGACCAAGAAGGACUUGAGGAGCCACCUCAAGAUGGUAGACAGCUUCCACAGGGCUAGUCUUCAGUAUGGGAUUAUGUGCUUGAAGAGACUUAAUUAUGACAGGAAAGACCUGGAUCGCCGGAGAGAGGACAGCCAACAUGAUAUGAAAGAUGUUUUGGUGUGGACCAAUGAGCAGGUGAUUCACUGGGUGCAGUCCAUUGGUCUUAGGGAGUACAGCAGCAACCUGUUGGAAAGUGGCGUUCAUGGAGCGCUCAUCUCUCUGGAUGAGACCUUCGACUACAGCAGCUUAGCACUCAUCCUGCAGAUCCCUAUGCAGAACACACAGGCACGACAGGUUCUGGACAGGGAGUUCAACAAUCUGUUAGCCUUGGGGACGGACCGGCGAAUGGAGGAGAGUGGAGAUGACAAAACAUUUCGACGCUCUCCGUCGUGGCGAAAGAGGUUUCGGGCCCGGGAGGGAGGGACUGGUCUGGGGAUGAUGGCGGGCUCUAUGGAAACGCUACCUGCAGGUUUCCGUAUGGCCUCCAUGUCAAUGCCCCCCUCAAUGAACUUAGCACCCAAGAAACAGCUCCAGCCUGAAGCGCCCCCGAGACUUGACCCCUCGGCUGUGCGGACCUAUUCAUGCUAA